CCCACCUAAUCCCUCUUAACUACAGGUGGUGGGAGAGACCGGCUGCCCCUCUCUGAAACUCUGGUUUGCUUUCACACCCCCGCUCUCUUUCUCUCUCUCCUGGUUUCCAGUGUGGUGGUAAUCCCCCUUCUGAAAAGGAGAUCCAAGCUGAAGUUUUGGGUUGGCAUGCUACAGAAAGGGACCUGUCACAUUGCUCCUCACAGUAGUAACGGAGCACCUGAAGAGGGGGACUAAAGGAAAGGAGACACUUUAGGGGCAGAGGAGCACAAACCAACAGUAUUGCGACCAAACUUUUGGAGAGAACUUUUUUUUUUUUAUGCUACUAGAAUUGCACGUUUUGGGUCUUUCAGGAGUGCAGAAGACUGCUUUCGUGUGUUUUCUGAGUUAUUGGAGCUCACUGAUACUUUUGUUUCAUCUUUAGGCUUGCACCAUGAGCGCUGAAACUCUGCAAGACUACGACUAUUCUGAUUGGUAUGAAAAUGCAGUGCCAACCAAAACUCCAGUGGAAGUUGUCCCACCAUGUGACCCCACGGCUGAUGAAGGCCUCUUCCACAUAUGCAUUGCUGCCAUUUCUCUGGUGAUCAUGCUGGUGCUUGCUGUCCUGGCCAGACGACAGAAGUUGGGGGACAGUCACAGGGGACUUACAGGCUUACUCAGCCCAGUAAACUUUUUAGACCACACACAACACAAGGGCCUUGCCGUAGCUGUCUAUGGAGUUCUCUUCUGCAAGCUGGUCGGAAUGGUCCUCAGUCACCACCCGCUCCCCUUCACUAAAGACAUUGUGAACAAAGAGUUAUGGCUAAUCUUGGCUCUGUUGUACUACCCUGCUUUGUACUACCCUCUCCUGGCCUGUGGAACGCUACAUAACAAGGUUGGUUACGUCCUGGGCAGCUUGCUCUCAUGGACGCACUUUGGAGUUCUGGUCUGGCAGAAGGCGGACUGUCCCAAAACACCCCAAAUCUAUAAGUACUACGCCCUGUUCAGCAGUCUACCUCAGAUUGCCUGCCUGGCCUUUCUCAGUUUCCAGUACCCACUACUUUUGUUCAAGGGCUUACAGAAUACAGAGAAAAUCAAUGCCACUGAGGACCUCAGUAGCAGUUAUUACAGAGAUUAUGUGAAGAAGAUCCUCAAGAUGAAAAAGCCUACCAAAGUCAUUUCCAGCACAUCAAAGCCCAAACUAAUUGAAAGACUCAAAGAUGCUGCCAAGUCUUACAUCUACACACCAGAAGAUGUUUUUAGAUUCCCUUUAAAACUGGCAAUCUCUGUGGUUGUGGCGUUCAUUGCUCUUUAUCAGAUGGCUCUCUUACUGAUCUCAGGAGUGCUGCCCACGCUGCACAUCGUCCGUAGAGGAGUGGAUGAAAACAUUGCCUUUCUGUUGGCUGGUUUCAAUAUUAUUUUGUCAGAAGACCGUCAAGAAGUGGUCAGGAUUGUAGUGUACUAUUUGUGGUGUGUGGAGGUAUGCUAUGUCUCCGCGGUGACCCUGUCCUGCCUGGUCAACCUGCUCAUGCUUAUGAGGUCCAUGGUCCUGCACAGGUCUAAUCUGAAGGGACUGUACAGAGGAGACAUCUUUAAUGUGUAUAACUGUCAAAGGAGCAUGAGGCCAUCUCGACCUGCCCUGGUCUGCUGGAUGGGCUUCACCAGCUACCAAGCUGCUUUUAUCUGUCUAGGUAUGGCGAUCCAGACUCUAGUGUUCUUCAUCUGCAUCCUGUUUGCUGUCUUCCUGAUCAUCAUUCCCAUUCUGUAUGGAACUAACCUCAUGCUAUUCCACAUUAUUGGCCGAAUGUGGCCUUUCUGGUUGAUGCUGUUUCUGGCUGUGCUGAUCCAACACGUGAUCUCCAGAUUUUUGUUUAUCAAGAAGGACGCAGGAACACGAGAUCUGAACAACAGAGGUAGUCUUUUCUUGCUCACCUAUAUGCUCUUCAUGGUUAAUGUCAUGGCUGGGGUGCUACUGGGCAUUUGGAGGAUGGUUAUCACUGCCCUUUUCAACAUAGUCCAUUUAGGACGCUUGGAUAUAAGUCUCCUAAAUCGCAAUGUUGAGGCAUUUGACCCAGGUUACCGCUGCUACGCUCAUUACCUGAAGAUUGAAGUCAGUCAGUCCCAUCCUGUGAUGAAGGCCUUCUGCGGACUGCUACUGCAAACCACAGGCCAGGACAAUCUCUCUGCACAGAGGACACGAGAUGCUGAAGAAGGAAUCCAACUGGUCCAGCAAGAGAAGAAACAGACUAAGGUGUCCAAUGCCAAGCGGGCACGAGCCCACUGGCAGCUCCUUUUCACGCUGGUCAACAACCCGUCCUUGGUGGGUUCCAGGAAGCACUUCCAGCGGCAGAGUUCGGAAAGUUUCAUCAACGGAGCCCUAAACAGGACCUCCAAGGAGGGCAGCAAAAAGGAUGGAAGCAUCAAGGAGCCUAACAAAGAGGCAGAAACGGCUGCCACCAACUGAGGACUGAAAAUUACAAUUCGGAAAAGGAGAUCACCCCUCCCUGCCCCCUCCAGCCUCUUUAAUAUAUAAAGGCUGCUGGCCAGAUAUCAAUGAUAGUAUUAUUUGCUUUGGUGUAGCAUAGAAGCACAUGUGUUUUAGCAAAAUGCACUUACAUCUCAGUGCCUCAGGAAGAACUUCAAGCAGUUGUAGUGAACCGAUCCUUUCCAUGUAUCCGUAAAUGUUUGGAAGGAUGGGUGGAUGUAUCGUGUGUUUUGUUGAAUGUGUGAGUGACCAGGUUAAACUUAGCACAUCAGGAAAUUUAGUUUGGCACUGAACUCCCAUCUAACCACUUGAUGCCAGGUUGGCAUGUGUGACUAUUUAUGAAUGUACAGGUUAUGCUCUUUUGCAAAUUUACGAAUUACUCAUUUGCAGAAUUAAUAUUCACCAGAGGUGAGACACUUUUUUUUUUUUUUUUUCUCAUAGAAAUCUAACCGAUGAAAUCAGUUAUGUCCAUGAUGGUUUAUUGGUGUCUGUUCUCAUAAAAAUAUCUACAGCAAGUAGUUUUUCAUCUCUGACAAAGAAUAUAAACACAAUCUGUCUCACUGUUACAUUUGACAUGUAAUUUUGAUAUGUUCCUGUUAAUUGUCUUGUUCUGCUACCUAUGGCAUAUUUGUGAUUUUAAAUGAAAUAAAUAUUCAAACUCAAAUCUAACAAACGGGAGUUCA